GGCCUGAUGACGUCGCACAAUGGCCGGCCCCCGCGGGUAGUGCAGCCCGUUUGUUCCGCCCGCGUCGCGCCUGGAGCCGGAGACUGUGAGGAGCGGAAGGGCCGAGGGACGCCUUCCCCGCGCCGUCCAGACCCCAGCGGAGCCGUGGCCCCCUCCCCGCCCUCGCGCUGAGAACUGUGGGUACCGAUGGAUGUGGCUGAGAGCCCUGAACGGGACCCUCGCUCUCCAGAGGACGAAGAGGAGCAGCAGGGGCUCUCUGACGAUGACAUUCUGAGGGAAAGUGGGUCUGAUCAGGAUCUGGACGGAGCUGGGAGGAGGGCUUCUGAUUUGGAGGAUGAGGAAAAUGCCAUCCCGGGACUGAGCCAGGAGGAAGAGGAGAGUCGCUCUGACGAGGAGGACCAGGACCAGGACUCAGAGGCUCAGGAGCUGAGCGGGGGCCCGGCGAGCCCCCCACGUGCGGAGGAGGGAGACGGGGGGGAGGAAGACCGCACAAGCGACCUGAGGGACGAGGCCUCGUCGGUCACCAGGGAACUGGAUGAGCACGAGUUAGACUAUGACGAGGAAGUCCCUGAGGAGCCGGCCCCUGCAGGGCAGGAGGACGAGGCUGAGAGGGCCGGGCCUGAGGGCGAUGAGGAGAAGGGGGCAGGAGCUCUUGGGGAGGAGGGGCCCGAAGGUGCUCACAGUGUGCAAGACAAGGAGCCCCUGGAAGCUGCCAAGGAGAAAAGGAAAGAGGACGACGACGGGGAGAUCGACGACGGGGAGAUCGACGAUGAUGAUCUGGAAGAGGGCGAAGUAAAGGACCCCAGUGACAGGAAGGUGAGGCCUCGUCCCACCUGCCGAUUCUUCAUGAAAGAUGUUGUGACACCAUUGUCCACUCUUCUUCCACCAAUAUCAAAUUCCAUACCAUUCAGAGGCCAGGUUAAAGGGAACUGUACCUGGGGGAUGAACUGCAGGUUUAUACACCCUGGAGUCAACGACAAGGGCAACUACUCCCUCAUCACCAAAGCAGAGCCUUUCCCACCUAACGGCGCCCCGCCUCUCGGACCUCACCCACUGAUGCCGGCCAACCCUUGGGGUGGCCCGGUAGUUGAUGAAAUUUUGCCUCCACCCCCUCCAGAACCUCCCACAGAGAGUGCCUGGGAACGAGGACUCCGGCACGCGAAGGAGGUUUUAAAAAAAGCAACCAUUCGAAAAGAACAGGAGCCUGAUUUUGAGGAGAAAAGGUUUACAGUCACCAUUGGUGAAGAUGAACGGGAGUUUGACAAAGAAAAUGAAGCUUUCCGAGAUUGGAAUUAUCGGAUCACGAGAGAUGUCAGAGACACAGCACUUGAGCCUUAUGCAGAUCCUUAUUAUGACUAUGAAAUAGAGCGGUUCUGGCGUGGCGGGCAGUAUGAGAAUUUCAGGGUGCAGUAUACGGAGACAGAACCAUACCACAAUUACCGGGAGAGGGAGAGGGAACGCGAGCGCGAGAAUCGGCAGCGCGAGCGCGAGCGCGAGCGGGAGCGAGACCGGGAGCGGGAGCGGCGGCAGCGGGAGCGGGAGCGCGAGCGGGAGCGGGAGCGCGACAAGGAGCGGCAGCGGAGGAAGGAGGAGUGGGAGCGCGAGCGCGCCAAGCGCGAUGAGAAGGACCGGCAGCACCGCGACCGCGACCGCGACAAGGAGCGGGAGAAGGAGAAGGAGAAGCCAAAGCCGCGCUCCCCGCAGCCCCCAAGCCGUCAAGCUGAGCCACCAAAGAAGGAGGUCGCCUCUGCAGGGCCCCAGGUGAAGCGAGCUGACGAGUGGAAGGACCCUUGGCGCCGGUCCAAGUCUCCCAAGAAGAAACUUGGGGUGUCAGUCUCCCCUAGCCGGGCACGGAGGCGUCGAAAAACGUCAGCCUCGUCGGCCUCAGCCUCCAACUCCUCCAGGUCAUCAUCACGGUCGUCAUCCUACUCUGGCUCUGGCUCGUCCCGCUCCCGGUCCAGGUCCUCAUCCUACAGUUCCUACUCCAGCCGGUCUUCCAGACACAGCUCGUUCUCAGGCAGCCGGUCCAGGUCCCGGUCCUUUUCUUCGUCCCCGUCCCCAUCCCCAACGCCUUCCCCACACAGACCUUCUGUCAGAACCAAGGGAGAGCCAGCCCCACCUCCUGGGAAAGCAGGAGAGAAGUUGGUGAAGAAGCCAGCCCCACCUCCAGCCCCACCACAGGCCCCCAAAACCACCGCUCCUGCUCCCGAGCCUGCCAAGCCAGGAGACCCUCGGGAAGCCAGGAGGAGGGAGCGGCAAGCCAGGACCCCCCCCAGGAGGCGGACCAUCAGUGGCAGCGGCAGUGGCAGCAGCUACAGCGGCUCUAGUUCCAGAUCAAGGUCCCUGAGCGUGAGCAGCGUCUCCUCGGUGUCCAGCGCCACGUCGAGUAGCAGCUCAGUGCACAGCGUGGACUCAGACGACAUGUACGCAGACCUGGCCAGCCCCGUGUCCUCGGCCAGCUCGCGGUCCCCCACCCCAGCCCAGACCAAGAAGGAGAAAGGAAAAUCUAAAAAAGAAGAUGGUGUUAAAGAGGAGAAACGGAAAAGGGAUUCGUCAACACAACCGCCGAAGUCCUCGAAACCUUCUGCAGGCGGUAAAUCCUCCCAGCAGCCCACGACCCCCCAGCAGGCGCCCCCUGGGCAGCUCCAACAGGGAGCCUUCAUGGCCCACAAGGAGAUCAAGUUGACGCUGCUGAACAAGGCGGCUGAUAAAGGGAGCAGGAAGCGAUACGAACCCUCUGACAAGGACAGGCAGAGUCCUCCCCCAGCCAAGCGGGCUACCACGUCCCCGGAACGAGGUUCUCGGGACCGCAAGUCAGGUGGGAGACUUGGCUCCCCGAAGCCAGAGCGGCAGAGAGGACAGAAUUCCAAAGCACUGGUGGCCCCCUCAGACAGGAAGCGCCAGCUGUCACCGCAGUCCAAGAGCUCUAGCAAGGUCACGAGUGUGCCCGGCAAAGCCUCAGACACCAGCACUGCCGCCACCACCACCGGCACCAAGUCAGGAAAGGCCAGCACGCUGUCGCGGCGAGAGGAGCUCCUGAAGCAGCUCAAAGCCGUGGAGGACGCCAUCGCACGCAAGCGGGCCAAGAUCCCCGGGAAGGUGUAGGCUGGCUGGCUCCCACGAGGGGAGAGACUCGCCUGUUUUUAUAAUAGGGUAAGCGCAGCCAUUUUGGAUUUUGCAGUUAAUGUCUUAUUUUGGCUGUGAUUCUUUUUAAAAAUUAAAAAAAAGUUCCUCAGCUGGAAAAAAAGCCACACACACACAAUGAAGUUGACGCUGAAUCCCAGCCUUCUCCUGACCAGACGGAACAGUCCCUCCCAGAGCAGAAGUCCCACCAGGCAGGCAGGC